AUGGCGGCGUUGACGGCCGAAUUGCCAACAGCAGUGCACGACCCGCUAGAAACUGCCUGCUGGGAGAGCACGCGCUUUGUAGACGAUGUCUCUCCGCACCUGCGCUGCCCCAUCUGCCUCAAUGUGUGUUUGAACCCGGUCGCCUGCAGCACCUGUGACCAAGUAUUUGGCGAACAUUGCUGGUAUCAAGCACUUGCGGCCCACGGGUGCUGUCCAACCUGUCGACAGAAAGAGCACCCCUUUGCGUCCCCUUCUCGACUCGCACGUAGCUUUAUUGGUGAUUAUCGCGUCCGCUGCCGCCAUGCAAGUGAGGGCUGCACCGAGGUCCUACCCCUGCAGGAGAUGCUCAAGCAUCAAGCCGUGUGCGGCCAUCUGCAGCGACCAUGCCCGCAUUGUCAGGUCCCCGUGCGAGCCAGCGAUGCCCAACAGCAUGAGGAUGAGUGCGCGCUUCGGCUUGUGAUGUGCCCACACGUGGGCUGUGGUAUCCAAGUACCCAUGCAUGCGUUGGCGGAGCAUCGCGGGCGGUGCAUUCACCCCCGACCCAGUGCUGGAGACCAAGGCACGCGGCCAGAGGCCCAACACUGCUGUCAAUUUUGCCACGAGCAUUGUAGUUUGGCCACGGCCAUGGAUACAUGGUGUCGCCCCUUUUUGGAACAUCGCUUAGCCCUGGCGCAAUUGUACCUGCGGCGACUGCAGACGGCGGGCGAGCAACAGGCCGCGCUCAUCAAACGCAGCACAACAGCUUCGCGCGAUUUAUCCAACGCCUUGCGCGAUGCCACCGGGGCCCUGGGCUACCAAACAUCCCAGUUACGACAACAGCAAGAGACGAUCCGCUCCGUUGGUGCUACACGAGAUCACGCUGUCAAGCUGCUUCGGGAAAGUGAGACAAUGCGCAAGACCAUGUCGGAUGUUCUCCGGCAGAAGAACAUUUGCAUUCAGCAGCUCAAGGCCGAGAACGAAUUGCUGCGACGCAAAAUGGACACCCAGGACGUCCUGCUCAAAGUCCUGAUGGAGAGUCCAACACGCUCUGGGCGCCGAGUAGGCAGCGCCAACGGUGUGCAAGCUGACUCGGCUGCCGAGGCAAUGGAAUUGGACGAGGCCAGUGGGGAUAAGCCCAAGACAGAUUAA